AUGGGUGACGGUCUAGCCCCGAAAGAAGCAGCAGCAGCCCGGCCGCGGAGAGAGUCCUACGCCGGGGCUCCGAACCAAGAUGAGGUGUUGUUUGUGCGCACUCUCCGGGAGAACCUCCAGGGAGCCCCGGAGAGGGUGGCCAGGGGGAACGCCAGGGUCUCGGGCAGAAGAGUCUCGGCGCCUCCGCAGGUUGUGCACCAGCGCCACAUGCCCGUAGGAACACAGAAAUUUCACAUACCGAGGAAAACUAAAGAGAAGCUGGCCUUGUUCCAGCCGCUGUCGUGCGAGUCCAGGGAGUAUGAAGACAUCCUCACAGUCCUGACGUCCGGCUACCUGGACUCUGCUUCUGCCGGCUCCUUCAGCUACAGCAAACCACGCCUGGUCCACAGCGAGACCCUGGAGAAGGAGUUCGUGGAGAAAAGGAAGGAGCUGAAGGCCGACGGCAGGACGGAGAAGGAGCUGGAGGAGAGCUACUGCUUCCUGCUGGCCGACUCCUCCAAGUUGCAGACGCUGUGUGAGAAAGGCCUGUCCGUGGGUCACAGCCGGAUCACGCUCCUCGGAAACCCACAAAAAGGAGUUUACCUGUCCAGAUGCUCAGACCUCCUGCAGGUCGCAUCCUUCUCUCCAGGAGCCACCGGAGAAAUCCUGAUCUUCAAAGUCAUCAAGGGGAAAGUGAAGAGCAUGUACGAGAACGUGAAGAACCUGCUGGACCCCACGCCUCGCUUCGACUCGCACCUGUCCAAAAGCAUCAGCAAAGUCACAUCCGUCCUGUCGUACCGAGCCUUCGAGCUGACGCAGCAUUAUUUCUAUGAGUACUGCUUCGACGAGCUCCGGCAGCGUCCUCGGCAGGUCUGUCCCUACGCUGUGGUCUCGUUCCAGUUCAAAGCCAGAGACACGGCCCUCGUCAGCAAACCCAUGGCCCCGCUCAGGUCAAACAGCCAAACAUCAGAGAGGAGCCAAGAAAAGGCUCAGUUCAGCGUCUGGAGCGGGAACCUGGUCAAAGACAAAGUCCUCUUCCAGAUCUCUCUGCAGUCGUCUGCUCCUUUCCUGCCUCAUGAACUGCCGGAGAAGCUGGAGAUGAAGUGGGCGAUGAGCUGGGACAAGGCCACGACUCGUCUCCCCCAAAGUUUAUUUUCUUACGAUCUUUACAACAACAGCAGUGAGGAAGUCGUAAAGGAUGACUUCUACUGCAGUUUCCUGGAGGUGGUCGACCGGAAUCGCUCCAUGACCAGCGUCAACAAACUGCUGCAGGAGCUGGAGACCCAAGCGUUGGUUUUGGUGAUGCCGCUGAGUGAGAGGGGCCUCCUGCUUCUGCUCUCCAGUGUCCAGAUGGCCUCAACUCAAGAGCGAGGAGAGAACUGGAGGAGGAGUCUACACGCUUUAUUUGUGUUUCCAGAGACAAGAUUCCCCAAACCCGCUCCUCAGUCAGUGCCCGCGGAGCCCUCUCCCGAUCUGAUCACCGCUGAUUCGGUGAUGCCCGGUUUGAACCACUUUGUGCCGGCUCUUCAUUUUGCUCUGGGAAAAGCUCGGUCCAAACCGCCUCCGGAGCUGGCUGCGGGAGUGGAGCAGCAGGCCCACGACUACCUCAACGGCAUCAAGGAAGGAGUGUUGCGUCCAUACCCGGUGGCGCAGUACGAGGCGGGGCUGGAGCAGGCCGGGCGGCAGUACGCGGUUCCCGUCAUGCAUCGGCUGGGUCUGGACUCGUGUCUGAAGCCGUACCUCUGUGGCCCCGCCCUCUACCAGCUGCAGCUGUCCCGGGUCCGAGCCAUGGUCCAGCAGCUGUACGUGCCCACGGCCAGACCUCACACGUCCACGCUCACACAGGCCGACCAGAAGAUGCAGCAGCUGAUAGCUCUGGUUCUGUCGUGUAAGAGGAACGCAGAGAAGGAGGUGCAGAGCGAGAUGAAGAGCGGGGGGAGGAAGAGGAAGAUGGAACAGGAGACUGCGCAGAGGACCAUUAAGCACCUGAAGGCAUCACAGGAGCUACGGCAACUAAACCCACCACACACACAGGACAAUACAGAUGUGGCCUCCUCCGCUCCCAGCUCUUUCUCCUCUCUGAUUGGUUCGGUCGGUCUGAAGGACGCAGAUUUAAGUAACGAAAGCUCCGAACUGACCUCGAAACUUUUCUCUCUUCUCUCAAAUCUCAACCAAACAGCGACGAAUCAAAGCAGUUCUCAGCCACGAGAGGCGGGACCAAGCGAAUCCUCUCCGUUCGACAGGCUGGCUCUCAAACUGGGACUGCCCACAAACUGUGACAUCGACCUGCGCAGACACGACGACCUCGAGGGAGGCAGUGUGAGCAGUCAGGAGGGCUUCAGUCCCUCUCACGGCGGAGACCCCAGGACGGCCAACAGAGAACGAGACCGGGGUCUGGACCAGGACCCCAGGAGAGCCAGGACUGUGUUCCCCGAAGAGGAGCCUCCACAGCCGGACAUUCCCUGGAUCCUCAUCCCCAUCACAGGCCUGCCGCAGAAGCACUACGCCCGCAGAGACGCAGAGCUGCCCAGAGACCCACGUGUGCAUCACCUGACCUCUCCCCUGCCCCCCACGGACCUGCCCCCCACGGACCUGCCCCCCACGGACCUGCCUCCCGCUGCUGCCAGCCCCGCCCCGUCUGGCCCGACCGCCGGCUGGGCCUCUCCAGAGCCCAGUCCCCCCGCCUCCCCCUCCCUGUGCCCCUCUCCUGAUCCCAGCCUGCCACACUCACGCUGCCCCUCCCCUGAAGCAGAGCACACCAGUCCAAGACCUUCCCUGAUCCGCUCUCUGGAGCCCGGGUCCCCAGAGCUCACGGAGGCGUUGAGUGACCCUCCGGAGAAUGAAGAAAUCCAGGACCUCUGGGACGAAGCAGAACCCUCUCCACCGCUCUGUCGCGAUGCCCUCUCACCCGUGGCCUGCCUCUCCCCAGCCCAGCUCUGCCCCAGCCCCCAAGAAGAGGAGCUCGACGACUGCUCCGCUCCUCACCCGACGUCCGAGCGACUUGCACACGACAUUGACUGCAUCGUGGACCGCCAUUUCGACUCCUUCAGCUCCGACCUCCAGAGCAUCCUGCAAGACCAACACGUGGCCUACAACAUGCCCCAGUCCCCACACUCGACGUCGAACCCCAAACAGAGGGCUAGCAGCAUCUCCUCACACUCCUUCAUCUCGCAUUUUUCACAAUACGUUUCCUUCUACCAUCCUUGCCCUCCCGUCCAACGCUACGUCCAGUCUCUGCAGAAGGAAAUCAGCUUCGUUUUGCACAACUACGAAAACAAUCAGCCUCAGAGCAGACCUGACACCACUACUUCUUGCUCUACAGACGCUUCUCCCCCGGACCUCGCUAGCAGGAUUAGCGAGUUUGUGUCUAGCAUACGAGCGGCGAACGAAGACACGCCAGCACUUCCUGAGAGUAGGAACUGGCCGACGGACUCAGAGCAGGAAGUAGCGACCUCUUCUAUGGACUGCGAGGAGUUCGUAGAUGAAACCAACCAAAACGAUGCCGUCUGCAGCAAUUUGGAAACUGACAUUGAUAUAAGCAAUAACGGAAGGCGGCAGGUCCAGUUCGGGAGCGACCGCAUCGAAAUCUGCUUCAGGAACGAACCCGAGGCACACGAUAGUAACAGCAGUAGAGAAGCCGGGGUUGGGAACGCCACUCCGGAAUCGCCGCCGUUGAAUUCAGAUCCAAACACUUUGAACUCUGUCAUAAACCAGCUGCAGCCGGAGAUGUUCACGACUUUGGUGGACAUCAUCAAAGAUAUAAAAAGGAACGCACAGCACUUUUACCUCCACUGUUCCCAGGAAGAAGACUUCACCGUUCGGCAGAUCAAGGCUCAGCUGUCGCGGCAGUCCUACGUGGAGCAGAGUCCAGUUCUGUAUUUGAACCAAGAGGAGAGCGCCAACAAGAAGAUGCUGGUGGUCAUAAAGAAACAGGAUGUCGCCGCCCACAUUCACCAGAUCCCGGAGCUGCUGGCUCUGAAGCGGAGUCCCUCGGUGCAGUUUUUGGCCGUGGAGAAAGCAGAUGACCUGAGGAACCAGAGCGGCCAGGAGCUGUUUGUGUCCGGGGGGCAGCUGCUGUCUGACGAGACGGUCCUCAACCCGGACGUCGUCUCACUUGAGAAACUCUCGGCUCUGGUGUCCGUGUUGGAGACGCACAGUUCUUCAGAAAACCCGUGGAGGUGGAAGGUCCACUGCAAAGCACACAAGAAACUGAAGGAACAAUCCAGGUUCCGUCGUGAUGCGGCGAGUCUGCUGGAGGUGCUGACGGCGUUCCAGAAGCGUCAGUUGGUGGAGUUUCUGCCGUAUCAUAAAUGUGACAUGUCCCUGAGCCCGGGGCUUCUGGACUGUGCCGUGGAGCUGCAGGCCACAUACAGCAGCUUCAGGCACACCAUGCUUCUCACAGACAACCCUCACUUGAAAAGUUCAGGAGGAGUCAUCGUGUGUGGGAUCGACGAGUUCCUUCAUGAUUUCAGGAAGCUGGUGGGAUACAGUGAUGUCAUCAUCCAGGAGCCAAUCACAGAAGAGCCACAGCCUGCAGAAGGUCCCUCUCAGUCCGGCCUGGUCCCGCCUGAAGACCUGGUGUCUGAGUCUGGUCUGGGUCCUCAGCCCUCGGAUCAGGACUUCGAGGUUUUGCAUCGCACGAUCUCACAGAUGCGCGCCGAGAGACAACGGCAACUCCGAGACCAGAGCAAUACCGACAGCGAAGGACAGGGGGCAGUGUCUGUGUCUAACCCUUUUACACCUGUGGCCAAAGAGAAGCAGAGGCUCUUCACAGCUGCAGAACAAGUUUCCAAAAGUGACGCCGCUCCCUCGAGGCCAGAACUUAAAGUUGUGGCCGCUUCGUUAGAUCGCAUCUACUCAGCGCUACACCCUCCCACUGACCAGGCUGCGGUCCCUGUCCAGGCCCAGGCCCAGGCCCAGGUCCAGGCCCAGGCCCAAAUCCAGACCCAAAUCCAGACCCAAGUCCAAGCCACAGAACCCACAUUGCAACAGAGAAGUCUAGAAACUCAAGUCCGGCCCACAGAAAGGACUUUGAGCCAGAUCAGAGACGAGAGUGAAGGAAGCGGGCGAGUCACUGGAAGCCGGAAAAACAGUCCAGAAGUCGAGACUCGCAGAGACUUAGAAUGCAAGAAAGCUCUGGAGACUCAAAUCCAAAAAGCCGCUGGGUCCGGAGGCGGUGGCGGCGGUGGCGGCGGUGGCGGCGGUGGCGGCGGCGGCGGCGGUGGAAGUCAGGAAAGACCGAUGCCUUCGAAGACCGUGGGAGGAGUGACCGUUUCUGGGAAGAGUCAACCGGCUGCAGCUCCGAACGUGAGGAGGAACCAAAGCAACAAUGACCAGAGGAAUAACACAGCUCCCACCAGCGCCGCUCUGAGCAGAACCAAGAGCGAGGGGAAACCUAAUGGGAACGUACAGCAAGAUGUCUCCUCUCCCGCUAAAGCUAACGCCAAAGCGAAACCACUCGCGCCCGCGGUACACAUACAGGUCGCCGAUGCUCGUAGACAAAAAAUUAGAAAAAGAAGGCUGAAAAAUCCGUCCGUGUGGCACGCCAUCGCGUUUGUUAAAGAAUGCAACGUGUUCGACUUCCCGUUCCAACCGUUCGACGAAGACCUGCUCAAGGACUUGACCUCGAAGAGCGUUUUGACGAGUGUGGUGGAUCUGCGGGGCGGGGAUCCUCUGCCAGGUUGGUGGGCCGCCAGAGUCAGCAUUUACGACCGACCGGGAAACCCCUGGGCGCUGGUGGAGAAGCUGCACGACUGCACGGCCACCCCCAUGGCUUUUCUGUUCGCAAACUGCACCCAACAGAACCCUCCAGCAAACCGGCAAGGAUACGUGCCUCGGAUGGCGCCGUACAUUCAGACUCUGAGGCCCCCGAUGAGGCCCCCCAUGAGCCCAAACGUCAACUUUUAUGAGGACGGGUUUGACAGGAUGUGGCAGUUCUGA